UUUCUUAUUAGUAUUUUUCCUUCUUUCUUUUACACUUCUAUAGUUCCAUUCCAUACAUUUCUCAAUCUCAACUUAUGGCUUCCUUUCAAGCCGCCUUCUUUUUUGUCUCCCUUUCCAUCUUCCAAUUAUUUGCAGGCGUUUAUUCAGCAACGUUUACAAUAACAAAUGAGUGUAGCUAUACUGUGUGGCCAGGUAUUUUAUCUGGUGCCGGUACUGCCCAGCUCUCGACCACUGGAUUCGCCCUCCAACCGGGCCAAUCCAACACCCUGGACAUCCCGAGUGCAUGGUCGGGCCGUCUAUGGGGACGAACUCUAUGCUCUCAGAAUGCCACGGGUAAAUUCACUUGUGUCACCGGCGACUGUGGCUCCUCCAGAGUAGAAUGCGCCGGCACCGGUGCAAUUCCGCCGGCGACCCUGGCGGAGUUCACCCUCAACGGCGCCAACGGCCUAGAUUUCUAUGACGUCAGCCUCGUCGACGGCUACAACCUCCCCAUGAUGGUGGUUCCACAGGGCGGCACCGGUGCGGGAAACUGUACGGCGACUGGGUGUGUGGAGGACUUGAAUCCGUCGUGUCCGUCGGAGCUCAAGGUCGUGCAGAGCGACGAGGGCGUCGCGUGUAGAAGCGCGUGUGAGGCGUUUGGGGACCCGCAGUAUUGCUGCAGUGGGGCCUACGGGACCCCCGAUGCGUGCAAGCCUAGCGCGUAUUCUCAGUUUUUCAAGAGUGCGUGCCCAAGAGCUUACAGUUAUGCUUACGACGACGGAACCAGCACAUUCACUUGUGCUUCCGCCAACUACGUCAUCACUUUCUGCCCUUCUCCUUCCCGAAGCUUGAAGUCGUCGAAUGGGCAAGUGGAAUACCCCGCGGCGUUGCAAGUCUCCGCCGGUUUUCGGGAAACGACGCCAAAUCUCUUUGGCUGUCCCGCCGCUGCCGUAUUGGCGGCAAUUUGGGGGCUACGACAGCUAUUUUGACCCUCUCAACUCCAUUACCAGGCUGGCAUUGACAGUCUUUUAAAAGGCGCAACUUGCAAUUUGUCACUCUUGGGAAUAUAAUCGUCACACGUACGACAACAUACAAAAGCUGCCACAAAAGAGUGCCUCGAGGACAUUAGCGAGCACCCAAUUCUUAUAUUAAUUGACGGUGUUUAGUAUCGUUUAAUGCUGAAGGUGAUAGAAUAGCAAAUUUGGAACUUUUUCUUACUUCUUUCUCUUGGCGGUUGUGAGCUGAAUCUGGACCCCAAAGGAGGAAUAUUGGGGCCCACCUGUUAUGAUUUUUAACCAUUUGGUUUGCAAUUUUUUGAAAUGACGGAUGAUUGGCUAUGGAAUUUUGUCCAAUUAUUGGAGCCUCCGGUGAAAGCCUGCAUGGUUGUUGUUUUCGUAGAAUAAUAUUUCUGGUUGGGAAAAAUUAGUUCUUACUUCUUAGACAGAUGUUUGGUAAAUAGAGAGUAGGAAUCGUAAGAUCAAAUCAAGUG